CGCCGCCGCCGCCGCCGCCGAGCCGUCCGCCUGCCGCCCCCGCCAUGUCGGCUACCGCUGCCACCGCCCCCCCUGCCGCCCCGGCUGGGGAGGGAGGCCCCCCGGCGCCCCCUCCAAACCUCACCAGUAACAGGAGACUGCAGCAGACCCAGGCCCAGGUGGAUGAGGUGGUGGACAUCAUGAGGGUGAAUGUGGACAAGGUCCUGGAGCGGGACCAGAAGCUGUCCGAGCUGGACGACCGUGCAGAUGCACUCCAGGCAGGGGCCUCCCAGUUUGAAACAAGCGCAGCCAAGCUCAAGCGCAAAUACUGGUGGAAAAACCUCAAGAUGAUGAUCAUCUUGGGAGUGAUUUGCGCCAUCAUCCUCAUCAUCAUCAUCGUUUACUUCAGCUCUUAAACCCCUGAGGAGCCCGCCCUGCCCAGAGAAGGGCCUCUCCCCAUCUCCCCCCACCCCAUCCCCAGCAGCUCCUCCACCUCUCAGCCAUAUCUUCCAGCCCCCUCCCCUGGAUCCGCGUGUGUGUGUCCCCGUGUGUGUGCACCCCUGUAAAUAGCCAGCUGUUAUUUAUACAUAUAUAAUAUUAUAUAUAUUUGGUCUGUUUGUAGUUUUAUUACUAGAAGAUUUUUCCGGUUGUCCUUAACACCCCUUCCUGAGGUUCCCAUCUCUUUUCUCUUUUCCUCCUUCCCCUUCUGUCUCUUCCUGACCAGCCCUGAAUCCCUUCAUUUGCAUCUGCUAUGCAAUAGUCCCUCUUCCUCUUUUCCUUCCCUUGGAUUUAGCAGAUCCUUCCUCCUACCCUGGCCUUCCCCAUACCUCCACUACCUACAAAAAAAAGAAAAAAAAAAAGGAAAAAAAAAGAAAAAACGAAAAAAAAAAAAAAAAAAAAA